CAGUGAUGGACCUUCAGUUACUGCAUUAACAAAUGGUUUUGACACUCCAGAAGAAAGGUAUCAGAAGCUUAAAAAGCAUUCCAUGGACUUUUUGCUGUUUCAGUUUGGCCUUUGCACUUUUAAGUAUGACUACACAGAUUCAAAGUAUAUAACAAAGUCAUUUAACUUCUAUGUUUUCCCGAAACCCUUCAAUAGAUCCUCACCAGAUGUCAAAUUUGUUUGUCAGGUUAGUAGCAUAAUUGAGAUUUUUACUUCUGCUAAUAUGUUCUUUUAAAAACUAUGUGUAGGAAUUCCAUAUUUAAAUCAGGAAGAAGAAAGACAGUUAAGAGAGCAGUAUGAUGAAAAACGUUCGCAGUCUAAUGGUGCAGGAGCUCUAUCUUAUGUAUCUCCCAACACGUCAAAAUGUCCUGUGACGAUUCCCGAGGAUCAGAAGAAGUUCAUUGACCAAGUGGUAGAGAAAAUUGAAGAUUUGUUACAAAGUGAAGAAAACAAGAACUUGGACUUAGAGCCGUGUACUGGGUUCCAAAGAAAACUAAUUUAUCAGACGUUGAGCUGGAAGUAUCCCAAAGGCAUCCAUGUUGAGACUUUAGAAACUGAAAAGGGAAAACUUGUUAUUGGACACAACAUGCUCUUGGAUGUCAUGCACACAGUUCAUCAGUUCUACUGCCAUCUGCCUGCGAGAUCUCACCCACUUUCACAACUUCAGCUGACGACACCGCCAUCACUGUCUCCAGCUGUGAUCGCUCCUCAGAUCUGGACAAUAAAAUUCAUUAGAGUAAAAUACAUUUUGAAGGUUGAUAUGCAUCUUGUUUACCUGAUUAAAAAUUCUUUUGUUUUUAGACUCUUGGAUACUAAAUUGAUGGCCAGCACACAACCUUUUAAGGAUAUCAUUAACAACACAUCCCUUGCAGAACUGGAAAAGCGGUUAAAAGAGACACCUUUCAACCCUCCUAAAGUUGAAAGCGCAGAAGGUUUUCCAAGUUAUGACACAGCUUCUGAACAGCUCCACGAGGCAGGCUAUGAUGCUUAUAUCACAGGACUGUGUUUCAUCUCCAUGGCAGACUACCUAGGUUCUUUUCUUAGUCCUCCAAAAAUUCAUGUGUCUGCCAGAUCAAAACUCAUUGAACCUUUUUUUAACAAGUUAUUUCUUAUGAGAGUCAUGGAUAUCCCCUAUCUAAACUUGCAAGGACCAGACUUGCAGCCUAAACGUGAUCAUGUUCUCCAUGUGACAUUCCCCAAAGAAUGGAAAACCAGCGACCUUUACCAGCUUUUCAGUGCCUUUGGUAGCAUUCAGAUAUCCUGGAUUGAUGACACAUCAGCAUUUGUUUCUCUCAGCCAGCCAGAACAAGUACAAAUUGCCGUCAAUACCAGCAAAUAUGCAGAAAGCUAUCGGAUCCAGACGUAUGCUGAAUAUGUGGGGAAGAAACACAAGGAAAAGCAGAUCAAGAGGAAGUGGCCAGAAGAGAGCUGGAAGGAGGUUGAGAAAAAGCAGCUGAACACACAGUGCAUAUCCUAUGCUCUGCAGAAUCACUGCUACCGCACCAAUAGUCCUACAGCGACCAGCACAGCAGGAAAGAGAAGCCGGAGUCCCAGUCAAGCAGAAGCUGGCAUGGAGGUCAGAGCAUCGGGGGAGAUUUCUGACCCUGAACUUGAGCAGCCAGAUUCCUGUGCAGAAUCACCCUCAGAGGGAAGGAAAAAGGCCAAGAAGUUUAAAAGAAUGAAGAAGGACCUUUCUCCUGCAGGAAGCAUCUCGGACAGCUCUGCCAAGCUCUUCGAAGUUCCUGACACGUGGUAACCAAGACCCGAGUGAAACAAAUCGUGGGUGCCGUUGCUGCGAAGGAGCCGGCCGGCACGUUUGGAAGCCAUACUGCAUCUCAUAAGUGUGGUAUCUGGGGUUCAAACCAAGCGUGUGUCCUGAGAAAAGAAACAACCCAGCUUUUA